AUGCAGUCCAAGUCCUUCAUUAAGAAACUUGCGACAUUGGCGAGUUUUUUAUCAAUCUUAAGCAACAUCUUCAUCUUUACUUAUCCAUCUCUGCAUCCUAAACAAUGCUCAUGGCACUGCUAUGAUAAAAAACCGACUGAGGAUCCGCAAGUUUUAUCCUCCUGGGAAAGAAUGGUUUUCUAUGCAAGAAGAUAUUUCGACGAUGUAAGAGAGCAUACUUUCACAAGACCAGAUCAAACUGUAGCUACUGGAGAUCAACCGAGAGACAUCCAUUUAAUGGCAUUUGGAGAUCCUCAGAUCAAAGGUGUCUGGGAAAAGACCCCCUACAUCACAAGAUUGGAUAUAUUCGGGAAUGAUUAUUAUCUGGGACACAUCGCCUCCAUGAUGAGGAAAAGGUUGCAUCCCUCUCAUGUGGUAGUCAUGGGCGACCUGUUCUCGUCUCAGUGGAUUGGAGACUCUGAGUUUUACAACAGAACCGCAAGAUACUCAAGUCGUAUCUUUGGCAGGGACACUGCUUGGAUGAAAGACAUUGAAGAAGAGAGCCAUAACCACGAGGGCUACAAAGUUAACUGGAAGAAGUGGGCUGACGAAUUCAAUGCCAUUCGCUCAACUGACAAGCCUUGGAACUUCGGUUUUCACCACAGCGACCUAUACUCUUGGGACCCUGAGAACGAGGACUCGCUUUUCAUCAAUAUAACGGGCAAUCACGAUAUCGGCUACGCAGGCGACAUCACCUACCAGCACAUGGCAAGGUUUCACGAGUUGUUCGGCAAAGUCAAUUAUUGGAUAGAGUACGACACAGACACAGAUCAUCCUUGGCGAAUUGUUGUGCUCAAUUCUCUAGCACUAGAAGGUCCGGCUUUACAGCCCGAGUUCAUUGAAGCCACCUGGGAGUUUUUGUAUCAGCUAUUCGAAAGGCGCUUCCAAGGCAGCACUGUUCUCCUCACUCAUGUCCCGUUUUACAAGGAGGAAGGUUUAUGUUCGGAUGGCCCAGAAUUCCACUACUACCCAGAGCACUUUGAGCGUGAACCCUACAAAGCGGGCCUGCUCAGAUCUCAGAACCAUUUGAGCGAGGACGUGACCAACAGAGUGCUCAAUCUCAUCUUUGACAAUGACAAGCCGGGCAUCAUCCUGACAGGACAUGACCAUGUUGGUUGUGAGACGAUGUACAACAAAAACUCCAAAGAGGGUACAUGGACGGCCUCAACAAAGAAAGAAUCUAAGGACUUGGUCGUACAAGAAAUUACUGUCAAGUCAAUGAUGGGUGAGUUUGAUGGCAACACUGGUCUUGUCACCGGUCAUUUCAACAAACGAUCAGGAAAAUGGGAAUGGUCUUUCACUUUAUGCCCAUUCGCCGUACAGCAUAUUUGGUGGUUCGCCAAAGUCAGUGCCCUUGUCACCGGGUUUCUUUGGUCUCUGUACAUAUUAAUUUAG